AUGGCAAGAGGAAAAGAAGAGGGAGAAAGAGGAGAAGUAAGAGGAAAAGUAGGUGAAAAAGGAGGAGAAAAGAGAAGUCACUCGAAAGAUCAAGACCAGUCAAUUUGCCCAGAGGUGAUGCCUCUUGAUUGGGAGGAAAAAGAAGGGAGGAGAAAAAGCAACACGAAGGAGAGAGGAGAAGGAGAAGAAACAACGAAUGAGAGGGAGAUGGAGAAAGGGGAGGAUAAGAAGCAAGAGGAAAUGCAGGAGAAAAAGGAGGGAGAGAUGCAGAAGAACUAG